ACUUAUCUUUAGAUAAUCAAAAUGCUUCCUCGACAGAAUUAGAAAAGCUGAUGCCACUUCCAUUACUAUAUAAUACAAAUACUGUGACUAAUGGUCACGAUCGAGAAGAGAUUAUACCAUCACCAUUACCAUCUGAUGCAAAAACCGUGACUAAUGUAGAAAAUUUAAUACAAGAGAUGUCCCAUGAUCAUACACAAGGUGUCAUUUCUUUCAAAAAUGAUUCUACAUCUUUAGAUAUCAGUGGAUCUGGUGAAAUUAGCAAGUCUUGUGUACAAAAUAUAAUUCCAGGUUCUGCGCAAAGUCUCUUAUAUUUGUUUGAUAAAGCAGUUAAAAAAGGUCAAAAAGAGAUUCUAUGCUGGUAUUACUAUUUACUUGAAUUCGAAAAUAAGGUUAAAAGCCUUACAACUGACAGCAAGAUUACAGAUAAAACGGCAAGAACAAAAAUAUAUAAGGAAAUAAAAUCUUUUCUACCUAAUAUUACAGAU